AUGUCCCGAGCCGGAGAGGCUGAAAAAGGUCUCGUGCCAUUCCAGUUCAUGCGGUGGCUCGAACAGUUUUCCAUCAAGGCCUACCGCAUGUUCAGCACAGAAGAGCUCCCAAACAGCAUUGCCCAUCUGGCAGCCGCACUGACCGACAUGGACUCUGGAGAUGGGAACCCCUUGCUUGAGUGUAAUGCGGAGCCUGAAACCACCGCGGCACCUCAGAAUCGAUCAUGUGGCCUUCUACAUGUAAACAAAGUGUUGGAAAAUGUGAACGGUUCUCUUCAUCCCCGUCUUGAAUCUGAGGGGGACCUUCUGCACUGUGAACCAAAAUCGACCCUGGAGGAUGAUGCAGGAUUUCGGAUGCGCGGUCGAUUCACGGUCGAUGAGAUGCAUCAAAUGGAAGCCUCACAGACAGCGAAUACAUCUGGAAAGCAUUUUCGUUGGAAAAUGGGGAAAAAAUCUCGGUGGUCGCUCUUGCCCUUCGUCGUAUUUGCAGAAAGUGACGACGACUAG